GCAGUUCUGAAAACUCGUUAAUACAAAUGGUGUCCAUAGUUUCGGAACCGAUAUGGAUGAGGACGAUUUAGAAUUAUUCGAUAAUGAUGACUUUUAUGCCUGGUUGGGCCUGGGGAGAAAUGCUACAGCUGAAGAGAUAAACAAUGCCUAUAGGAGAAUGAGUAAAAUAUAUCACCCAGAUAAACAUGCAUUAGAUCAAUUGAAGAAAGAAAAAGCCGAAAGACUGUUUAAUAAAAUUAAGAGAGCUCAUGAAGUUUUGUCUGAUCCUCAUAAGAAGGUCAUAUAUGAUACAACUGGUGAAAAGGGUUUGCAAGCUGAAGGAUGGGAAUUAUUACCGAAACAAAAAACUCCCCAAGAAAUAUUACUUGAAUAUGAGCGAUUGAAACAGGAGCGAGAAGAAAGAUCCGAAUUACCACACCUAGAAGUUAAUCAAAUGAGUAUUGCUCAAUCUAUUGAAUUUCCUUUGACGGUUAAAGACAGAAUAGUUCUUCAGGGUCAGUUGGCAAGUCAAAAUGGAAAUGGUUCAGGAGCCGUUGCCACAUCCUAUCGUCGCGUUCUAUCAGAUAAUAGUUGGGUCGAGACAGAACUUUCUGUGGGAAAUGGUUUAGGAGUAUCAGUAAGAGGAUUUAGACAGCUGUGGGCUAGAAGCUAUUGUACAAUGACGGCAUCUCUGCAAGAUACUAGGAAAGGUUUAAGACCAUCUCUAAAUAUUCUAACUGCAUCCCAAAUUGAUAAAAAUAUACAAGGAAGACUAUCCUGGAAUGCGCUACGACCUAGUAGUAUACAGUAUUCUCUAGUUUAUGAUAACGAAUGUAAUCAUGGUUCUGUUACUUUAAACGUCGGAAUUUUAAACUCAUACUUAUCUGCAACGUAUGUUAGGAAGUUUCCCGACUAUGAAAUGAAACUAAAAGGAUCUGUAAAAUAUGGUACUUUUGGGAUUUGGUCGGAAGGUUCUUGUGAAAAGAAACUUACUAAGUUUAGUACGGUAUCUGGAGCUAUAUCUGUUGGAUCCCAUACAGGUGUCUUAUUAAAGAUAAGAGUUUCAAGAGGAAAUAUGCAAUUUUUCUUCCCCAUACACUUAUCAGACUAUGUUGACCCGGCAGCUAUAUUUUACGGAACAUGUAUUACCGUUGGCGGCUAUUUUGCUCUUAAAAAUCUUUUAAUUCUUCCGUUUGUUAAAUCGAGAGAAAAAGAAAAUCUUCAACGAAAAAAAGGAGAAUUCGAAGAAUGGUCGAAGGAGCAGAAAAAAAAUGCAUUAGCAGAACUUGAUUUGAUGAAGGAAACCGUUGAAAGAAGCUAUAACAACGAAAAAGCUAAAGGAGGUUUAGUUAUCAAAAAAGCUCUUUUCGGAAAAUUAUCAGGCGAAAAUUUACAAAAAUCUGAUUGCAUUGACGUAACCCUACCGAUGCAGGCUUUGGUUAACGACUCUAAAAUAGUUUUACCUGCUAACACCAAUAUAAGUGAACUACCUGGAUUCUACGAUCCGUGUUUUGGAGAACCUAAAGAGCUAUCUAUAAAGUACGAUUUUAGAAGACGGCCUCAUUCUUGCAUACUCAAUGAAAAGAAAAAAAUUGUCAUACCUUGCAAAGAUCAUACUUGCGAAGAAUCUGGCGAACCUGUGACCUGA